UCCCUUCACCUUGACAGACAACAGCUUAUGGUGACACCAGGGAAAGUUAUACUCUACAGAACACAUCAUCCCAGCUCUUCUUAAACUCUUCAAAUAAAAAAAACUAUUUGCACUGAGCAGGUCAACAUUGUGGAAUUAUUCUCUUAAAACUUGAUUUAGCUACUCUUUCACUCUACAUUUGAGGCAGUUGUGGGCCUCUUUCUAACAACCUGCUACCCUCCCCUUCCCCUGUAGUGCUCCACUGUAGUUCUGUAGCUCAUCGGUUGGUCCAGGAUGUCGUUCAUGAUGAAGGCCAUGUUGGGGAGUAAGUUGAAGGAUAUGACGGGAGGAGGAGGAGAGGCUGAGGUGCCAGCAGGCGAUGUGAAGGAGACCCCUGAGUCUAAAGGAAUGUCCAGAGAAGAGUUUGAGGAGUACCAGCGACAGCUCAUAGAGGAGAAGAUGGAGCGGGACAAGGAGUUUGCCACAAAGAAGGCGGAGAGGGCCAACCUGAGGUCCUGCCUGAGGGACAAGUACCGCCUACCUGAGAGUGGCCAGGACGAAGCCAUGGUGAAGAUGGCGGGAGAUGACCUGGAUCUCCCUGAGGACCUAGCCAAGAUGGUGGACGAGGAUGAGGAGGAAGAGGCGGUGAACGACUCACUACUAGGACAGCUACAUCAACUGCAGAACAUGGACAUGGACCAGCUGAAGACCAAAGCCCAGACCACCAUGACAGAGAUACAACAGGUGGCUGAGGAGAAGUGUGUCAUCAUGUGAAGAGUGAUCAUCAGACUUCUACCCAUUGAUCUUUCUUCAGCAAUUAAGCAGUCCAUCGUGUGAACUUCUACAUCAAGUGGGAUUUACCCAACAAGCACCAAGCCUACGUCUUUGUUAUAAUUAUACAAUAUUGUAUGUUAAUCUUCACAGAACCACCUAAUCUUUCUGUUAUUCAGAUGCCUCAGAAAAUAUGAAUUGCUGAGGCGCUGUGAAAUCAUACUGUAUAUUGUUGCUAAUGAUGAUCACCUCCUCUCUGUUCAACUUCCACACAGAAACAGAAUUAAUAGAAUAGACAAAGCCCCUCAGUCCACAGGUAUUUGACUGGUACACUCAAUAUGGCCGCCGGUCCACCCAUCACAAAAUGUUGACUUCAAUGGGAAUAACCUGUUGAAACAGAGUCCAGACUGAGUAUUUUAACUUUCACAAUAAUAAUUUGAUAUUAAACUGAUUAUGGCAGUAGGCCGAGAAUGGAAAAAGACAUGUAAACACCUUACUCUGCUUAUGUUAAUUGGCGUGAGGUCAAAAUCAAAGGAAACAUACAUCGAUUACAACACCUGGUUUUCUGAGCAUUCUUUCAAAUUGUUAGGACACGUAAACAGCUUAAUCGGCAUUCCAGUAGCAUUGCAGCUGUGUAUUUGAUCUGCUCAUGCACCGGUAACGCAAGCUUCCCUCUUAUGCCCGAGUUAAGUGAGUUUCUGAAAGUCUGCAUCUCAGAAGUAGUUUACACAUGAAAACUUUAUAUGUACAAACUCAGAAUCAAAUAGGCUUCGAAAAAAUUACAUGGUCACUGGGGUAGAACGUUUAUUUUGAUUCACGAUUUUCUGCAUUAAUAAAAGUCUCAAAAGUAAACAGGAUUAUUAGGGAAAUCGUUUAUCCUCUACGGGAUUGGUGUCCUGCGGGACGGUUGAGCUAACGUAGGCUAAUAAGAUUAGCAUGAGGUUGUAAGUAACAAAAAAAAUCCCAGGACAUAGACAUAUCUGAUAUGGGCAGAAAGCUUAAAUUCUUGUUAAUCUAAAUGCACUGUCCAAUUAACAGUAGCUAUUACAGUGAAAGAAUACCAUACUAUUGUUUGAGGAGAGUGCACAAUUAUGAACUUGAAAAAAUAUUAAUAAACGAAUUAUGCACAUUUGGGCAGUCUUGAUACAUUUUGAACAGAUAUGCAAUGGUUCAUUGGAUCAGUCUAAAACGUUGCAUGUACACUGCUGCCAUCUAGUGGACAAAAUCUAAAUUGUGCCUGGGCUGGAAUAAUACAAUAUGGCCUUUCUCUUGCAUUUCAAAGUUGAUGGUACAAAAUAAAUA